GGGGCAGACGGCUUGCCUAGUAGGAUGGAUUGUUGAAACUCCCUUGGCGAGAACUGUCAUUUAUUUCUUUUCAUUUCGGUUAAAUCACACUCUCUCGUCUUCAUCCGUCCAUCUAUCUAUCCAUGUGUCCGGACGGGUUGUGAUUCGGGCAGAAUGCGGAUCCUGCUGCUGAUUCCGCUGCUGUGGGGACUUAGUGAAGGGGCUUUUCCAAGCAGUGUCCAAAUCGGUGGGUUGUUUAUAAGAAACACGGAUCAAGAAUAUACAGCUUUCCGCUUGGCCAUAUUUCUACACAACACAAGUCCGAAUGCCACAGAGGCGCCCUUCAACCUGGUUCCACAUGUCGACAACAUCGAGACUGCCAACAGCUUUGCUGUCACCAAUGCCUUCUGUUCGCAGUACUCCCGUGGAGUCUUCACAAUAUUCGGCCUGUAUGAUAAGCGUUCAGUUCACACUUUGACGUCGUUCUGCAGUGCGCUCCACAUCUCCCUGGUAACACCCAGUUUCCCCGCAGAGGGAGAGACACAGUUCGUGCUACAGCUCCGGCCGUCCAUCCGGGGGGCGCUAUUGAGCCUUCUAGACCAUUACGAUUGGAAUCGAUUUGUGUUUCUGUACGACACAGACCGAGGAUACGCCAUCCUGCAGGCCAUAAUGGAGAAGGCGGGGCAGAAUGGUUGGCAGGUUAGUGCAAUCUGUGUGGAGAACUUUAACGACGCGAGCUACCGAAGACUGCUGGAGGACCUGGACCGACGACAGGAGAAGAAAUUCGUUAUUGACCUCGAGACAGAACGGCUCCAGAACAUUCUAGAACAGGUGGUUAGUGUAGGAAAACAAGUGAAAGGAUAUCACUACAUCAUCGCUAACCUGGGUUUUAAGGAUAUCUCUCUAGAGAGGUUUAUGCACGGUGGGGCAAAUGUAACUGGUUUUCAGUUGGUGGAUUUCAGCAAACCAAUGGUGAUCAAGCUAAUGCAACGCUGGAACAAACUAGACCAGAGGGAGUACCCCGGUUCUGAGAGCCCACCCCGGUACUCAUCCUCUCUGACAUAUGAUGGCGUGUUGGUGAUGGCUGAGGCAUUUCGAAAUCUACGCAGACAGAAGAUUGACAUCUCUCGCAGAGGCAAUGCUGGAGACUGUCUGGCCAACCCUGCUGCUCCUUGGAACCAGGGCAUUGACAUGGAACGUACUCUGAAACAGGUGAGAAUCCAGGGCCUCACUGGGAAUAUCCAGUUUGAUCAUUAUGGACGGAGAGUCAACUAUACCAUGGAUGUCUUUGAGCUAAAGAGUAACGGCCCUCGCAAGAUUGGUUACUGGAACGACUUGGAUAAAUUGGUUCUGGUCCAGAAUGAGCUCUCCAUGGGCAAUGACUCGGCUAUGGAGAACAGAACUGUUAUCGUCACCACUAUAAUGGCGAUGGAGAAUUUUACCUCUGCAGGAUCAUCAUCAUUUCCAUCACUGCUAAAGAAUCCGCUGUUCAGACACUGAGUGGAGAAGAGGACGAGACAACUGUGAGAGAUCAGAGAGAGUCUAACCCCUCUCUCCCAUGAUUCAGCUGUUUUCACAAGCUCCGUCAGCUGAACUGCUGUAUUAAACAUUCACUAACCUUCUUGCCAUGUACUUGUGGAGCAAUGCAGCUUCAUGGGUAUUUCAGUUGACUUUUUUGUGAUUGUGAUUUAUUAGUUAUUUUAUAGGGAAUUGUUUUUUGUUUUAAUAAUUUUUCAACAACAUGUUAUAACUUUCUACAUCCCUGAAAAUGACUUUUCUUUUCUGCUGAUGCAGACAAGGUUGUGUGGGCAGGUAAUGUCAAAUAAUAAUAUCAUAGCAAACCAUCCACUAUAUAAUCAAACCACAAAGGAUAAAUUAAGUCACGCCCUAAAUUUCUUCUCUCUUAACAUUUCACUCAAAAAUACUUCAUAUUACGCAAGUUAAACACGCAAUAUAAAAUCAGCAGCAUGUUCAAAGACAAACAUGAAAUCAAAAUGUAUUUACUUUCUUAAUAUAUUUCCUGUUCAUUUUGUGCACAGUUUAUCAUUCUAAAGAAAAUCUGUUUCAUUAUCUUUCAUCAAAAAAAAAUAUUUCAUCAAAUUUUGUCUCUCCCUCUCACUCACUUCUGAUGUGGAUUUCAGUGGCUAAAUAUUGUAGAGUGGCCGCUGAGGUGUGUGUGGUCAAGUUUUCCCUACAUUGGUCCAUUCAAGAACAGUAAAACCUAAAAUCACCUACAUUGUGGGGAGCAGACUUAAUAAACAUGCUAAAUAAUCUCUAAGUGAAAAUGCAAAAAUGUUUCUGUGAUGUUUACUGUAUGACUAAGGCAAGGGUAAGUAGAUAAAAUAUAAUUAGCCCAAUAUAAAAACAAGAAAAGUCAAUGGAAAUUCCCCACCAUUAUAGUGAGACAAAGGCUACAUAUUAUUUUACAUGUUGGCUGCCAUGCAGAGAGAAAAUAAAUCAGGCAUACACUUUAUGCUUGCUCUUGAGUCACUUAAAAUAAUUAAUAAUUAAUCAAUUUAUUAAUAAUAAUUAAAAAAUAUUUUGCCAUACUUGGACAAUCUAUUCUGGAAGAAAAACAAUCAUUAAAUUAAUAAAUAACUACUCGCUUGACCUGAGCAUUGUUUUAAAGCUUAUAAGUGGGAAUUUACAAUGCAUAUAGGCAAUAUGACCAACUCUUAACAAGUUAUUUUUAAUUUGCUGACAAAUUUAAAGUAUUGCAUUUUCAUACAGUCAGUUAAUAUUGACUGUACACGAUAAUGUCAAUCAUAUGGUCAAAACAAUGUACAGAUCGAAAACAUCUCGAAUAGAAUACAACAAGCAUGGUUUUACUCACAUAACAAAUAUAUCAGGUAAAAGCCAUGAAAUCAGAGUUAAUACAUUAUAAACAGAUGUGGCUGUUUGUCACAAUUUCGCUGGUAGCUUUACAAAACAUAAUAUAAAAACAGUAGAUGCUCCCGAUUAAAACGAGCCCAAAUACAAUGUGAUGUGAUGCGAUCUAUGAUCGGUGUGAUAUGAUCAAGGGUAUACUUGACCUUUAGCUUCCACAUCCCUGCAAUAAAAUGGGCUGCAAAUGCAGUUUCAUGUCAACUUUAAACAAGAACUAUAUAAUUACGUAAUGUGUGCAGAAACAAGUUCGACAAUUCUUCCUAUAAAUAGACACAUUAAUUAAUCCAAUGAGAGUUCCCAAAUCGAUCAAGCACAUUUGACAGAUGCACAACAACACAUCACAAUGCAUAAGCAACACAUCCAGAUGUGUGUGUUUGAUGAAGACAGUAAGUGAAUGUGUGUUUAUGUCUGUAUUAGUGUGUAUAGUAAGCUCCAGGCAGAGAGAGGGACCGAUAUAGAGAGAGACAGACAGAGAGCGAGACAGAUUGAGGGAAAGAUGGCUGAGUAACUGAUAGCUGUAAUUAGUGUAACUCCAGUCUGAGGGGACGUGAGGCAUGUUUGUUCUAUGUAACGAUCAUUAACUCCACGCCUGCAGACAGCAGCCUAUUUAUCUACACUGAUGCCUGUGAGAACACAAACAAUCAGCUUAUCCAUAGGAAUGAACCAUGCCAGUUACACACACACACACACACACACACACACACACACAUGUUCAAAACGUAGCUCUUCCAUCCAUGAUUUGAUCCGUCCAUUCUUUCCAACCAGAUCUCAUGAAAAUUACAUGACUGUGGUAACAUUUUUUAAAAAAUGAUAUUGCAUGGUUCCUUACAUGUAUCGCGGCAAAUUCGAGGUGAAACAUCCACUGUGUGGCUCUUAAAGUUGAGGUUUUUAAGGUUAAAGUUCUACUGAGUUUUAAAUGAACAAAACUGACCUUCCUACCAUAAACCUUAAACCUAAACCUAACCGAGAGUGUCAGAAAAAGCAAAUGUGAGAUGAAAAAUAUAAUUGCUGAAGCAACCGCGCCACUGACCCCGUUUACACCUGGUAUUAAGAUGCGUUUCGGGUGAUCCGAUCAGAUAGCUAACUGAUAGCAUCAGAAAAAGCAAAUGUGAGAACAAAAAAACAUAAUUUUGUGGUGCUAAUAUGACACUUCUAGCUCAUGUUUUGACUUGUAGCUUUCAAAUCUCAUUUACAUUUAUAUUCAGAUUUAUCGCAUCAGUGAUGAACCAGUGAUCUAACUGUCAAACUUGGGAUUCAUUCAGCUAAAGCUAAAGGCCUCUAAAAUGUAAAACUAUGUAUAAACCAUGUAAAAAAUACUAUUUAAUGAAUUUAUGGUUGAAUGUACUUUCGAUUUUCACUUUAUGUAAAACAAUGUAUGCUUUUUCUUUUUUGUCUGUUUAAUGUCUAAAUGAUUUCUGCUUUAAUGUUUACAGUGGUUUCUCUCUCUACAGAUUUUAUGAACUUGUUUGAUGUUGGUGAUUUGCUCUAAUUAUACAGUACCAUAUCAUUUAAUCAUUAUUGGAAAACAUUAUCAACAGGCCUAUUGAUUUUCAUGAAUAACUACUUGUACACUUUGCCUCUAACCAUUUUAAUGUAAAUCAGUGUUUCAGAUUCUGCCUUUAUAGUUCUCCCAGACAGUAUAUAAACACCAUUUUAUUUAUCUGUAUAAUUUAUAAGUGUAAACUUUGUUUAGUGGGAAUGAUUCAAAUAAAAAAUAAUA